GACCUCGACCACGACGACUUCUUAACCAUGUCUACUUGCUAACUCAUAACCAUGAAUCGUUUUGCUCCUCCUCGCGCAUCGUCUCCUGCGAAAUCCUCUGUCACGUCUAUGGCCACUGUGGCCAGACAUCGUGAUGAUUUACGUCCCACGGCAAGCUCCCUCCCGGUCGAGUUGCAGGAUCUUACAACUGAAGAGAUCGCGUUCAUCGACGAAGUCGUAGGCCGGUCACCUCCAAAUGCUGCCCACUUUCUUGCAGUAUUUAAAGCAUACAAUGAUAUACUUGCGGAACGCGGUGUGAAUCCGGGAGAUGAAGUCGUAUACUAUGGCAAACUCCUGAAGUUAGGCACAUUGAAGGGUUCAAGUUGGACAGAGAAGUGGAACUUUGUCAAAUCUCUCCAGGCAGGCCCUUCUAAUUCUGCUGUGAAAACUCAACCUUCAAGACAUGCGCCUCCACGUAGAGCUCAGACAACCCAACCCAGGUCUGCCAUAUUUACACGACUUACAGGGACCCUCAAGAAUAUCGAACGCGACGAAGACGCGUUUACCCUCCACUCUCAUCAGGAUGAUACGGAUACUGGUGAAACUACUGUGCCUACCGUGAUUUCGACCAGCAGUGCGCCCCACUAUCGUGACACGCCGCGACCAAAUCGACGGGCUGUUUCCCCUACUCUUACCGCUACUACCACUAACACGCUAGGCCUCCACACUGGACCCCCGUCAAGUAUACAUAAAGCUUUCGUCAAAGCUCCCAUAUUUCCCUCUUCCAAACGAGAUGUUCCUCGGAGCACACAUUGGAAAGUGGAGGAUACAUCGGAAGAAUCGACCGACACCGUACCUUCGCCAAGUACUGUCCCUCCAUCGUACGGUGCUGCGACGCGUGGCAACGAGCAUCUUCAACGCGGCCCAUACGCUCACGUCCCUCUCCAGGGUAUCACCCAAACGCAUCCAAAACCUGCAUCCGUCAAUGGUGUGACCCAAUCGAUAUCCGGCCACCUUACCCCUGCUACUGCGCGUGAAGCUGUCCUUAGGGCAAGAGAACGCAGCAAGAAUGUUGCUAAUGAGGAGGAUGCCUGGGAGAAAAUUAGAAGAGAUCAAGAUGAAAAGGAGGCCGACCGAUUCCGCGAGGAGAAGCUCAUUGAACGAUGUUGGGACGUUUGGAAACAGGGAUAUCAGUGGAUCACUACUACCCAUGAACAAAUUGCACAAGCUCGGGAUAAUCUCAUUCUACGGCUGGCGAUUCAUCGUUGGCGAAACCAGACUGCUGCGCGCCUGGAGUUAUACAGACGCGUCUCCCAACUUUCAAACGACCGUCGUCUCAAGCUCGCACUGAAUGUCUGGAAAGUCAAGUUCAGAGAGCGGAAACAGGCUCAAUGGCGUGACGACAUGCGGAACCGAAUGAAGCUCGUUCGGGAGAAACGCGAGUUCACAUUGCUCAAAGACGCGUGGGCGAAGUGGAGGCAGUCCCACCGUUCGCAUCUCGCGGAACUGCAUCAUAACGAACGUCUAGUCGGUCGGUUCCUACAUAAAUGGCGGGGAAAGCUAGAGGAUCUAGAGCAACUCAACGCUGCUUGUGAUAUGUUCCUUGUCUCACAAGAGGACGCUCUAGUUGAGGGCUGUUGGGAUAUGUGGAGGCGGACUGCCGAGAUGCGAAAGGCUGAACGGAUAAUCGCAGACAGAGCUGCUUUGAGGAUGAUGACGAAAGUAUUUGACGUCUGGAAAUCACAUAUGAGUUCACAUGACGUCGCUGACCAGUUCUACGACAAAUCGCUCUUGAGACGUAUGUUCGGAGCAUGGAAAGCCGCUCGCGACAGGAUACAAGUGCUUGAACGUCGAGCAGACAAACAUGUCGCUCGUCAGAACGACGUUCUCAUUCGUGCCGUGAUGAGAGUAUGGAAAGCUCAUGAGAGAGGUCGUUUGCUCGAACGCGUUAGGUCUGCUAGACUUUUGAAGGACGCUUGGGCAAUGUGGAAACAUCGACUGCAGAUUGAACGAGAGCGCAAAGAUGCUGCCAUCGCUUUCUCCACACGCCCCAAUUCUGUCCUAGCAGCGUCCGCUCUGCACCGAUGGCAGCGGGUACUCUCGACUCAUCGGAAAGCUAAUGAAUACGCCGUGCUCUACAGUAAUUCUCAGCUUUGCUACAAGAUGCUGCUUGCAUGGCGAUUACAUCUGAGAACGAGGCUGAAGAUGGCGAGGCAGGCAAAACAAAUCGAGAGGCACCUCGCGAUGAGGAGAGCAUUUAGGGCUUGGGUCGCCAAGCUUGAAGAGAAACGGAGAGAACAGAAGGUGAAGGUUUUCGAGCAACGACUGUUGGGGAGUUACUUCCAAGAAUGGCGAGAUCGUGUCAAGAGGGAACAAGAACUCAGACUCGUUGAGGAGAUCGUGCAACAAGGUGUCUCUUUGCGCAUUAUGUCCAACGCGCUGCAUCGUUGGAUCGACAGGGUCAGCGACCAGACGGACCGAGAGAUCCAGACGACUGAGCUGUAUGAGCAGGUUCUCCUAGUUACGACAUUUAGGAAAUGGUCCGAACGCUGGACAGUCCGUGUCAACGAGAAGAGCCUGCUUCAGAGCUUCAGGGACAUCAAGCGAGAAGAGAAACUGCGCCGUAUCUUCUACCGUUGGCUUUCAGCUGCUAGACAAGCGCGUCAUAAGCGUUUGCUCUUGGAAGAGAAGGAGCAGGCGUUUAGGCUGAACCGCGUGGUUGAAGUCUGGGAUAAAUGGCGAGAAAAACUGCAGGCUCGAAGGUUGCAACCUCUCGCGGAUGAGUAUGUCAUCACGAGGCAAACUGGUCUCGUCUUCCGUGCAUUUGGUAUUUGGCAUGCAAAGACUAAGUCACUUCCAGCCAUACAUUUCUACAACUCCCAUCUGAAAGCCAAGGUUUGGAAGGCUUGGCGAGACUCAGUCCCUAACCCUGCUCAAUCCAAAAUCGCGCGAGAAAAAUACCAAAAGGCCCAGUUAGCCAAGGUCUUUAACGAGUGGUCACAGGCCUACAAGGCCAAGAUGGCUUUGAAAGCGGUCGCUCGUGCUCGGUACCUUAGGCUUCCCAUCGCUGUUUCCAGGCAACCGACACAACAGCCUCGAACGCUCCCGCCGCCUGCCAUCUCUUCGUCUUCUAUAUCUUCCUACCGUCGUACAGCAGUGCGUCCAGAACCCGAAACCCCUUCCGCAACUGAGGAAGAGUCGGAUGCACCAACUAUACCUGUCAUUCCAAGAAGGACUGCCAUCACUAGCCUGUUUGCUACCAGACCUCGUUCUGCACUUUCAGAGGACAUCAGGCGACCAAGGGGUUCCGUCGCUUCUUCUCGUCCAAAGUUGUCUACACGUGCACCAAGCCCAACAGCCUCUGUUGUCUCGGAAGCAACUCAAGUAUCCAGCAUAGCCCCUCCUUCACAAGCAGCUAGCUCGUCAGCCGCUGGGGUGAUUAGACGGAGUCGACUCCUGCAAGAACUGGAAGCUCGAGGUCUCACUGGCAGGUCUCGGCCUUCAACACAUAGGCUAACAUCAUGACCGUAGUUCAUUUGUCUCAUGCUAUUUGCAUUUUGCAUUGCAUAUAUAUCGUUAUGUAGCACCGCGCAUGUCUUUAUGCUAACUUAUUCCGCAUAAACCACUGUUGAUUCUGAAUGUUUAUGAGGCUGGCACCUGGUUUGCGGGCUGCGCGCGGUCGGAG